AGAUGUGGACACCUGAUUACCUUUUGUAAUCCAAGAUGUACCAACAAGAACUUGGGACCCACUAAUUCAAGGGCAAAGCUAUAAAGGCUCUUGCUUUCCUCUCCGGCCGCAUGCAGGCUGAGCAGAGCUCCGCGCAGUGGACAAUCAGCCGCAACGCAAACAAGAUGCCCGCACUCGCUCCGUCCUCACCGCGCGCCAGCCUCGGAGUUCCGCGCGGGGGAAGCGCGCGCUGACCGGAAGCGCCGAACCAACCAACCAAACAACCAACCAACCAAGGCUGAACUAUUUGGGAGAAAGAACGAGAAAAGAGCGGAGAAGAAGAUGCCGUUUUGCAAGCGCAUCAUCGCGCCCAAGGACGUGUGCAGAAGCGCGCUGAGGAGCGCCCGAGCGCCGUGCGCGGACCUGGCGGACGUGUGCGGCUUCAGCCUCUGCUCCAUCCUCAGACAGCUCUCCGACUUGUGCAGGCAGUCCGUCAGCAUCCUGGAGGAACUCGAAGGGGAGAUCGCCUCCGUCUGCCAGCGCUCGGGAACACUGGAGAACAAAGUUCUCAGCCUGCGGAGACACGUCUCGGCUCUGGCAGCCAGCAAGCCGCCGCUCCAAACCACCACUAACUUGGACUCAGAGAGCAAGCGAACGGCCCACUUCCAAUCGUCAUGGCAACAGCAUGUGAAUGUGUUUGGCUCGUGGAGUAGGCCGGAGUGUGUGCAGGAGCUGCACCAAGAGGCUCAGCUCAACCUCCAGAGCCUGCUGCAAGACUUUGAGGAGCAGCUUUAUGAUAACAGGGUGACUGGGCAAACAUUCCGGCACCCUUCCUCUCAGAGCUCAGAGGACACCUCCACUACACUCAGCUGCUCACCUUCCUCACUCAACAGCAAGAAACCAGACUUUGUCUUCCUGCCUGCAAACAAACAAGUGUGUGAGGAUGAGACAACGUCAUUAGGGAUCCGGGCUCAGGACCCGGCCGCUUGUGGCUCAGACCGCUCCCUCCUGGGCUGGAAUUCUUCAGUAGGGCCCCCAGUUGCUGAAAAACCUCGCUGGCACCUAAGUCGACAUUCUUCUGCACACCUCGUCCCUAUCGAUGUCACAGGCCAGAGCUUUGAUAAGCACGCCAGCGAACUCCAGGCCCCCUUUAGAACUGAAAAGGCGGUUAACCCAAAGACCAUCCGCCGCCCAAGGAGUGUGAUCGCAGGCCCUGAUGUCACGCUGCACUGCCAAGGUGAUGGCAAGAUUCUUGCUGUUGAUCUGAUACAAGGUGCCUGUUCUCCAGACUCUUCCGAGCCAAGAUCUCUGGAACCCACUACAGAGAAUACAGGCGAGCAGCACAUACCCCUAAGAAAAACUCAAAGUGAUAGAGAGCACAGUGUCCCUCCAUCCCCCAAAGCCCCCACAGGCAUGAUGGACCAUGCCACUCUUAUGUGCCCCAGCUCUUCCUGGAAUGGCCCAAAGGGAUCGACCUUCUCCCCAUCCUGGAAUGACUCCUACAACUAUGCCCUAACCUCAAACCCUGUUGCCAAGCAGCCUUUGUCCAAACCUGGAUUAUUAGACUCUGGAGCAGGUGUUGUCAUGUGCCCUUCCCAAACCAGCUCUGUCAUGUCAGCAAGUUCUAUAUCACACUCUAGCUCCUUCACUUUUAUCUCUGAACCUUCUGGGCACAGGACAUAUGCAGUCACACAUGGAAAUUCAAUUAAAGGAAAAAGAAGUGAGACUGAGGGUGCAGCAUCCACACUAGCAUCUGGCAAUGGCCUCAGCAAGUGUGACCAAGAGAAAAGAUCAACGCGAGCCAAUGCGUUUAAAUUCCGUGAACGCUCCCUUUCAACCCCAACAGAUUCUGGAUCUCUUUCCUCAACAGACAAUAUGUGCGGUCCUGGAGAGACAGUGCCUAUAGUCCGAGAGGGUGAGAGCUAUGCCUUGCUGUACCCUAGCAACAGCUCUGAAGACAACACCAGCACUGACAAUAUGUCUGUAGCAACAGGGUCUGACUUCUUCCCAGCAAGUAGACUGAGGUCACGAUCACGAAGCAUCUCAUUGAAGAAGCCCAAAAAGAAGCCACCACCUCCAGUACGCAGUGUGUCCCUAGUAAAGAACUUGUCAUCAAUUGGUGGUAUGGGCCCACACCAUGCUGAAAGGCAUAUUAGAGAUGGUAGACCUAAGAGCCUUUUUAUACCACAAGAUCACAAUUUCCAAGAUUCAUUCCAGCCCGAGUUUCUUAUGGCAUCUAAGCCAGAUGAGGAGACACACAGCAGUUUGGAGACAGCCUCCGAUACAUCUCAGCCUCCAGACAGGGAAGCUGAACUUGUCUGGCAGCUCAGUGAGUGGAAGUCCAACAAUGAUCCCUAUCGUUCAUUAUCAGGCUCAAGCACUGCUACGGGAACAACAGUAAUUGAAUGCAUUAAAGUUCGUGGAAGCUCAGAAUCCCUGAAUUCACCAUCAACCUCCCGUGCUACUUCGCCUUCCCCACUUUCCAUUGAAGCAGAGACUAAGGUCUCACCAUUCAAGCCUCCCUGUCUUAUGUCCCCCUCAAGUGGAUACUCUAGUCAGUCUGAGACUCCCACCCCAACUAUUACAAACUCUGCCAUCACUGGACUCACUCCAACAGGGUGCAAGAUGCGCCCAAAGAUCCCAGAGAGAAAAUCUUCGCUUCCAGCCACCUCACCAAAAGACAAAUCUCAGUCUCGUCUCUCUUUUGAGUUACCAGUGAAUUCUGCAGUAGACUUAUCAUCUGUUAAACCCAAAAAUAAAGCUAGCCGAAGACACUCAGACACAUCCACAACCAGUAAAUCAGGAAAGUUGAGUCAGUCAUCACAGCCCAUGGUUACCACAACAGAUCUACGAAACAUCAGACUCCGUUCAGUAAGCCGAUCAGAACUUGAGGACAGUCCUGAUGGCUCCUCUGACAUCAUAGAGGAGGAGCAAGGACGUGAUAUAAGCCCUCCUACCACCCCAUAUAGCUCUAAGCCACCCAAGCCACCAGUUGCAUUGAAGCCACCACUCCCCAAAAGACCCAUGAACUUGAUGCUGAAGUCUCCCUCAUCAUCACCCCAUGCUCAGGAAUCUCCACCAGCCUCCCCAAUAGACCGACCAAUGCCUUUAGCUAACAUCUACAUGGUGGUCAGGAAGCCUAAACCUAAAAGGCCAUCCCAACCAUCAAUCAGUCCAUCUGCAGUUACACCUCAAGAGCAGGUGCCAAGAUAUCCACCUCCCUUGCCUGAGCUUGACCUAGAACAUGGAAUACCAAUUGAGGAGGAUUUUACCUUUCCCAGCAGUCCAGAGAAAGAGGACAUAGACAAGAUCCCACAAAGUCAAAGUGUCAUUUCCUGCAUAGCUGAAUUGGAUAAGAAGAAACACAAGGUACCACCACCAGUACCCAAAAAACCAAAUGUUCUUCUCUUACCUUCCCCCACUGCCCAGACUCCAAACAAUGGAAGUUCAGAAAAGCAAGGCCUCCUCCAUGAUAGUGGUUCACAGUCACCUCUAGGCCCACCACCAUCUGAAGUUGAGGAGGCUUCUUAUAAAGAAGAUGACCAAGAAAUACUUACAAACCAAGAGAUUACAGAAAUUUUUGAGAGCAGUGCACAAGAUGAAAAUCAAGGACAUCCGGACAGUCAUGGAAAUGAAGAAAACUAUGAUAUACCGGAGGAGAACACCCCUAAGGAUACUGGCUUUAUUCAAGAUGUUGACAUAAAGGCAUUUACUGCAGAAAUAAUGACAGAAGCUUCACUGGAGGAAAACAGCUCUAUAAAAGACAAGACAGAACUGCACAUCAGUGAAGAAACCGAUGAUGAUGUGCUUGUGCACACACCUACCACCCACACAACUGAAGACCUUUUCACCAUCAUACACAGAUCUAAGAGGAAAGUCCUUGGGCGUAAGGAGCCAGCGUUUGGUAGUCGUCAGAGCCUUGUGUCACCUGUGAAAAGCAGUAGCAGUGAUAUUCGAACACUGACACUAGGCAGCACUCCAAGAUCAAACUCUCGGAAUGAGAACUUCAUGGCUCUUCUCCAGAAGAAGGGCAGCAAGUCAAGCAGUGGAACGCGAGUCUCUGCCAUGGAACUGCUGAAGAGCACAAACCCUUUGGCUCGCCGUGUCACUGAGUUUUCUCAGUCAGAUCUGGAUGCUGCAGGAACUGACCUAUCUAAAAUGGCUCUACCAGACCAGUGAUUCCACUAUAGAGAGCCAAAUGUAAUGGCUGAUUUUCAGUUAGUGCUUCACUGCACAUCUGUAUGGUUUUACUUCCCAGGAUCUUGCACUGUCUGAAGUGUGGUGCUUUUAAGUUGUUUUAACCCUGGGUCUUACCUUUUUCAUGUUGCUGUGGAGCUGCUGUCCAUAUCAAAGUAAAGGAACCCAGUUCUGAUGUGAGGUUCUUAAGUAGUUGGGUUAGCAUUGUAUUUUACUACAGAGAGUGUUAUACAUUAACAUCUCUGUGGAUAUCUACAAAUAGUACAAAGGCUUACAGGCCUUAGAAUGUAGUCUAGUUUGCAAAGCCCACCUUUAGAAGGCAGAAUUGUUGCAAGUCUAAGCAAGACAAUAAUUCUUUUCUAAUUGUGGAUGGAGUUUAGAAAACAAAUGUAUACAUACAACAGUCUGAAAGAGAAACAUUCCAUAAAGAAAAUGUAAAACAAAUUCCCUUAAAAAGCACUUUUUUUUAUUGCAAAAGUAGUUUACAGCUAAACUAUUUGUCUUUUUUUAUUUCUUAAAAUAAAAUAAAAGAUAUAUAUAUAUAUAUGAAAGGCCCCUUAUGCAUUCUGGGAACCCAAAAUAAAACAAAAUUUCCUUAAAACUGCCUGUUUUCGGCAUGUUUACAGCAAAAAGGGACUAACAUCACAAAAUAGAAAACCUUAAUGCAAUAUUUUUUAUUUAAAUUGAAAUUAUAGGUCUUUCCUCACUGCCAGUACUGGUACAAAGUGGGUGGUAGCAUUGCGAAUGUGCAUUACAAUUAAACAAUAAAACCAAAACCACUACAGAGCAGAUUAUUAAUACCAAAUGACAGAAGAUUAGAAGCCAGAAAAACGACAAAACAAAAAAUAAUAAUAAUAAUAAUAAAU